AGUCGUACGACACACUAUUGACUGUGUUUAAGUGUAAAUUCUUCGAAAAUCAAGGCAUACAGAGCUUCACAUUUAAAGUUUGUAAAAUUAUUUUUUAUUUGGUAUAAGUUUCACGAUAAAUUUCAUAAAUAAUGUCCACGAUAUAUUACGCAUAUGUUAAGUUGAUAAGCCCUUGUGAGGAAGGCCCCUGAGGUGCGCCUUGACAAGUGGUUUCUACUUUAAACAACCGGACACAACUUACACGAUGGCUGAAAAUCAAGGAAACUCCUCAAAUCAGAUCAAUCAGGAAAAGUUUAGACAAAUGCGGUAUCAAUGGAGAUCAUCUAGUCCAUCAGGAUCUGGAAGAUCAUUUAAUUUUCAACGGUUAGAUUUUCGACCAAAUAACGACGUUCAAAACGAUAUGUCUGAAAAAAGAAGACAAUUGAAGCUCAGCUUUCAAACGCAAGGAAGCAGCAAGUCAUUCUCUAAUUCUACUAGUUCUACACUCUCAAACUCAGCAGCUCCUUCAGUAUGCCCACCCUUAUCACGUCCGAAUUUACCAUUACCUCUACCAAAACUUCCUGCAAGGCCCCGACAACCACAAGAAUUUCUUCCUGAUAAAGCAAGGGAAAAAUUAAGAAUGUGUCAAUCAAUGCAAAGUACAGGAAAAUUGCAAUUAUCACCUGAUACUGUAUACGAUUUUACCAGUGAAGAUCUUCAAGAUUUGGGUGAAAUUGGAAGGGGAGGAUUUGGUACUGUAAAUAAGAUGAUACAUAGGAUAAGCGACACCGUCAUGGCUGUGAAGAGAAUUCGUUCGACGGUCGAUGAAAAAGAGCAAAAACAAUUAUUAAUGGAUUUAGAAGUUGUGAUGAAAUCCAAUGAUUGUCCUUGCAUUGUGCAAUUUUACGGGGCUUUGUUUAAAGAGGGUGACUGUUGGAUUUGCAUGGAACUAAUGGACACGUCUCUUGAUAAAUUUUAUAAAUUCAUCUAUGAGAGGUUGAACGACAGGAUACCGGAGAGUAUCUUAGGAAAAAUAACAGUUGCCACUGUUAAGGCGUUGAAUUACCUUAAGGAAAAAUUAAGGAUCAUUCAUCGGGAUGUCAAGCCUAGUAAUAUUUUGCUAGAUCGUCGUGGAAAUAUUAAGCUCUGUGACUUUGGCAUUUCUGGACAAUUAGUUGACUCCAUCGCUCGGACCAGAGACGCAGGUUGCAGACCUUACAUGGCUCCCGAGAGAAUAGAUCCUCAAAGAGCACGUGGUUACGAUGUUCGGAGCGAUGUUUGGUCCCUCGGAAUUACAUUGAUGGAAGUUGCUACUGGAUAUUUUCCUUAUCCAAAAUGGAAUUCUGUUUUUGAGCAACUCUAUCAAGUGGUUCAAGGUGAUCCACCAAGAUUAACACCAAAUAAAAACGGAAACCAUUUUACUAUGGAUUUUGUUCACUUUGUAAACACAUGCUUAAUUAAAGAGGAAACUCAACGUCCAAAGUACAAUAAGCUUUUGGAGCAUCCAUUUAUAAGAAAAUCAGAAGAAGCAUCAAUUGAUGUGGCUGCUUAUAUUUGCAGCGUUAUGGACAAUAUGGCUAAUAAUGGCGUUACACCAUUUACCACUAAUCAGCCUUAAAAAAAAAAAAAAAAAAAUUGGAAAGAGAGAAAGAUAUAACAAAUUGAAGUAAUUCUUUCGUUGCUUCGAACCUGCAUUUUGUCACACCCCCACCGCUAAUGUUACACGUAGGGGAGCAAAGCUGCUUCGUUUGUAGAAUAGAUAGUCCGACGACGAGAUAAUGUGUAGAACUGUAUUUUCGUGUCGUACAUAAAAACUCGUAAUUAUAGCGAGUAGGGGGGUUGUUAAUCAUGAUAUAUAAUUAGAAAAAGGAAGUGGAAAAUUCCACUUCUAGAAUACUUUUCCUACCAAAAUCACUAUUAAGCACACAUCAUUGUGUAAAAUCCUCUUUUCUAUCUUUCUUUCUUUCACCUUCAAGGUUAAAUAUAUUAUAAUCCCUUUGGCAAAAUUUCAAUCGACUUUUGGAUAAACCAAAACUUCUCAUGUUUUUGUAAUAUGGAUCAUGAAAAAAUAUAGUUCUGACAAUUUUAUUAUAGAUGAAGCUUACACCAACGUUUUAUGCAAAAAAAAAAAAAUUAAAGAAGAAAUCAUUGUAAUGUAAUUAAUAUUCAUUUCUCACAUUUCUCUAUUAGACUAGUAAAAAAAAAAUUUCUACAAUGAAAUUUUGCUUCUUGCAGUUGCAAAUCUUUGGAGGUGAAAUUUACACUUUUAAUGCAUUGAGAGAUGUUUUAAUUUUCAAAGAAUUUUUUUGCAAAAAAAAAUAUUUGUGGACCUUGAAUUAAAUUUUGAAUUGUAUAUUUGAGACAGUUCUCGGUCAUCCUUUUAUCUAGACAAUAGUGCGUUGACUUAUACUGAAACCUGCGGGUUGAUGUUCAAGUUAUCGUGAACGCAAAUAAAGGAACGAAUAAAAAAAAAAAAAAAAA